AUGGGCACCUCACUAUCGCAUCUACUGCCCUCGCGAUUGAGGAAGAUGGAGUAUCGAAUAUUGAUGAAGGGACCCUGGUAUUCAGGAAAGACCACUAUCCUCUACUCGCAACUGAUGAAGCUCGGGCCCAUUAAAACAGUGGACACAUUUGGAUUUAACGUGGAGACAGUGGCAUAUAAUAGAGAUGUGGAUCUCGUCGUUUGGGACUUAGGAGGCCGAGACAAGAUGCGUCCAAUAUGGGCCUCCUACUUUAGCGAUCUUGAUGCGAUCAUAUUUGUGGUGGAUUCUACCGAGAUCGACCGGCUGGACGACGCUGCUUUUGAACUGCGGGACUUACUAGAUUUUGAGGGCGUACGAGACGUCCGCGCGGCUCCGCUUCUGGUGUUCGCUAACAAACAGGAUCUAGAGGGGUCAAAGACGCCAGAGGAGAUAUCAGAGGCGUUGAAACUAGAGGAAUUUCGAGACCGAGCGUGGAAAACUAUUGCGUGCUCUGCUGUGGAUGGCUCUGGUAUUCCUGAGGGCAUGGAUUGGCUCGUGGUGAGUGAUUCUCGCCCUUUCCAGGCGUCUUCGAGAGUCUUUCCCCUGAAGACUAACGUAUGA